AUUGAACGCUCUUUUUGGGAGACGCUUGAAGAUUACCACGAGUCGGGAUCAGAAAAAGUAUGGGGAACCGCGUAUCGGAUAGAGGCAUCAAAGGUCGAGGAGGUCCGUGAAUACCUCGACAUUCGCGAAAUCAACGGCUACACGAUUCAUUACACACAAUUCCAUCCCGCUGAUGGUUCGCUGCCUAUCCGGACGUUGGUGUACAUUGGAACCCCUGACAACGACCAAUUUACGGGACCACAAGACCCUCAGAUGUUAGCAGAGCAUAUCUAUAAGAGCGAAGGUCCUAGUGGGCCGAAUAUUGACUACCUCCUCAGUCUUGAAAAGGCUUUGGAUAGCUUGAGCCCCGAAAGUGGAGAUGGUCAUGUCAAGGAUUUGGCCAACAGGGUCAGAAAGAUCGAGCAACAGGCACAUAUUGAUGCCAAUGAAGCAGUGGGCAAGGCUGUGGAUCAUGAGCUCAAGAGGGUCGGUAGCACAGACGAGCAAGAAGAGAUUGAGAAAUAGAUUGCGGAGAAGCUUUUUCAUUUCUUCAUAGACUAGACCUGCAGAAAGCGCAGUCUUCAUAACGAGACCUUGAUCAAAGUGAUCU